AAAGUCUCUCCGCAGAUUUAUGUUUCUCCAAGAAACAAGUCUGUUCCCGAGGGCCACCCAGAGAACUUUAGCUGCAAAGCCACAGGUGUUCCCAAGCCAACAUUCUCCUGGAAAUUUAAUGAUGGGUACCUCCCUUCAGGCAUCAGUCAAGCCAGUCUUAGUGAAGGAUCAUUCCUGGAGUUGCCUUACACUACAAAACGUAUGGAAGGUAUCUACAAGUGUACGGCAGAAAACAAAGCUAACACAACAACCUCUUCUGCGUAUCUUCAUGUUUUUGAAAAACCCACAGCUGAAGUAAGCCCAAAGCCUUAUCCAAAACUGACAGUAGGAGAUGAGCUUAGAUUAACUUGCCGCAUCAAUAAAGCGACUGUGGCAAUCAAAUGGAAGAAAAAUGAUGAUGAAUUAAUCCCAAGAGCACAGAUUGAUACACGAGUAGAUGAUAAAUUGAGCCAACUUUUUAUUGUGGAAGUUGAGGAAGGUGAUAGAGGUGAAUACUCCUGUGAAGCACGUAACAGACCAGGUAUUGUGGCUCGCUCUACUGUGAAGAUCAAUGUCAAGGCUUUUAUUGCCAGGCAGGCUCUGGAGUGGUAUUAUAUUGUGGGGCCUGUACUUGGUUGCAUUGUCGUAUUUGCUGUAGGCUGGUGCAUUUGCAAGUAUCGAAGAGCAGGUAAAAACAAUAACUGAAUAAGAGAGUCAAUUAUGUUGAUUUGCCAUACAACCAUUUAUGGAUUCAUGAACAAUUCAGUUUUAGUGUCAUGUAAAACACUUUACUUAAGUACUUAGCCCAAGGAAUAAAUUGUUGCCUGCUACUAUAUAUAGCUACACCAAAUAGCAGAAAUAGCAAUUUUUAGAGCAUGGGUGUUCUUCCUAACAAAUGUGUUUGGCAACAUGAUAGUUGUUGUUAUAGUUAA